CUAAUCGCUCAUAUCAUUCUCCUCAAUCUCUCUUUAGGGUUUCGUACUCCAUCGUGGGAUUCAGAUGGGCCGAUCUCUGCCGCCAGCCGUAACGGUCGGAAAAAGGUUUCUAUUUCUCAUCUUUACCCCAACAACGACAUGUACUCUUUAAUCUACUAUGACGUUGUAGAUGAUCGGAGGUAAUCGCUGGUGAAUGGUAGAAAUUACAAUAUGAUGAUGUGCAAAAGAUAUAACACGUCCCUCAAUGGAUUAAUCGUGCUCCACAGCCGCCCGCACAACUUCCAAGCCCAUAUUAAAGAUGGCACGGAGCUCCAAAAAUUUGCAAAUCUCUAAAGUAUUAUCCCUAUGGUGUCCAGUGAAAAGAGAGAACAUGCAAGCCAAUUGGUAGAAGCCCAAAGGCCAUAAUCCCUCACAACUUCCAAUAAUGACUUUAGUUUGCCCAUAAAGCAGCCGCCCAAAAACUGCCUAAGCACACACUCCAAGGCAAAAGUCAUUAUGUUUUUACGACCUUCUAUAAAAUUACUCAUUUUAUUUAACCAAAUCUGCCCAUACCCGAUGACCAAAGAUUUGCACCCAAUCCAAAACCGAAAUACUUAGGCGGGAAAAAACACUAUUCAUUUUCUCCCAUUUGCUUUGUAUAUUAGUAGAUUUGUGUUGUGGCUAUUUGAUGAUCAAACAAUUCUAUAGAUUGUAAGCGGGGGAUCUUUUGAUUUCACUCAUGCGUGAACCAAACGCCCCCUAGGCCGCCCAAGAAGAAGAAAACAAAGGGUAAGUUAGAACGGAACGGGGCUUUCGUCCUUAAUCCUGAUCGGAGUAGAAAACGCGUCAACAUCAUGGGUGCCUAUAUAUGAAAUCCAAUAGGGUAUUAGGGUUGCCCCUUCGUAGAUUAGCGCUUAGACGUUGGCUGCCCCGUGCUCCCACAUCCGGCUAGAGUCAUACCACAGAAAUCAACUUCAAAUCAGCUUCUUUAUUCUCCCAGAUUCAGGCGAGUUUUGGUUUUUUUCUUCGAUAGUUAGAAUGCUCUUUUACGGGGGGUAAUCUAGAUCUAUUUAGGGUUUUUGUGUCUGUGUGUGUGCGUUUAGAUUUACACAUGUUAUGCACUUUGCUUAAAUUUCUCUCAAUAUGAUUACAUGCCUUUGUUUGGCAGCAACCUUUGGGUUUACCUUUGAAGCCUUGUUUUUGUGCUGAUUUUUCCAUGAAUUUCAACUGCAUUUUGGGUUUCAACCUGCGGGGUUUGGUGGAUAGAAGUAAAUUGGAUUUUGGUUGAUGAAGAUAAUAAAAUUGUUGUUGUUUCAUUCCAUAUCAAACAAAAGAAACUUAAUAUACCAAGAGUCUAUUUUUUUUGUAUCUUAAUAGCAAUGAUUAGAUAAAUCAAUCAAUCCAUCACUGCAAGGUUUGAGCUCAUCAGUCAAAACUUGGGGGUAGAAUUUAAAGUUCAUACCUUUUAGGGUAUCCUUUGAUGUGAAGCCAUCAACUGUUGGCUUGAUGGAUGAAGAUGAACACAGAUGCUGUUACUCUUUCCCAGUAGUUAAACAAAAAAAGAUGGGGAAUUUUAGGUUUAGGUAAAAUAUUUGGAAAGAUUAGUAGUCUAUUGAGGGAUAAUUCUUAAACCUGGUAAAAUAUUCCUCCAAAACAUUAUACCGGACAACAUCAUUCUGAUAUCAUCGAUCAUGACAUAUACAGGCAUACUCCUCUGUCACAAUAUUGUUGAGAUCUACUUAACAAACCCUAAACUUAUUUUGAGAUGAAGUUACAAAAUUGAUGAAAUUAAAAUGAAAUUGAUCUAGAGAUAUAUAGGAGUAUAGUUUGUGGUUUACUUCUAUAUAGGUGUAUAAUUACUUUUUUGCUAACUAAUAAUACUUGGUUGGAGUGGCCUUGUCAGGAGCUAGAUGGAUACGAAGAUGAGCAACAGCGAGUCUCCUCGGGUGUGCAGGUUCACCUUGUGCCCAAUUGCUCAGGAGGAUAACCAAGCUGUUCGCAUCAAGUUUGCUCAUCUGGGCAAGGAUGGAGUUUUCAAUAAAAGGAUCUCGACAGUUGAUGUCUCUGCAUCGGUUCGAGAUAGGGGCAUGUCAGACUGCAAUCUUGACGAUUUCUCAUCACAUCUGGCAGGAGCGGAUAACAUUCAAUUUGAACCUUUCCACCGUUUCUGGUUGGAAGAACGUCCCUUGUUGGAUGCGCUUAAUCCGUUGGAAGAACGUUUUCUUGGAUGAGAAAACACCAAGAUCCUGCUCCUGCCGUGGUGGACAUGGAGUAUUAAUCUUAUUUGUAUGUAGUAAAUCAUCAUCUGUUCACCUGUUUUGUAUUGUUGCUCUUCUGGAACUAACAUGUAAAACUAAAUUACUACCACUUGGUAUGCAUAUUUUAUGCAUGUGUGUUUUGGCAUGUAUGUAAACAUAUGUGCUGAGCUAACUUAACUGGUAGGUGGCCUAGUUUGUGUUGGUGCCUAGCCUAGUUUGUUGUGCG